GUUCAUCAUUUUCCCCCCUUCAUCUUUUUCCUUCUUCACAAAUUUCCUGCAAACCCUAAAAAAACUCCCAAAAUUCAAUCAAAUUUUCAUUAUACAUACAAAAAUCCAAACGUAUACAAUCAGAUGGAUCUUCAAAAUCUCGCAAUUGUUCUAAAGGCAGCUCUCAGUCCCAAUCCUGCCGAACGUAAAGCCGGUGAAGAUAACCUCAAUAAGUUUCAGUAUAGUCCACAGCAUUUGGUGAGGCUGUUACAGAUAAUAGUAGAUGGAAAUUGUGAUUUGGGAGUGAGACAAGUUGCUAGUAUCCAUUUUAAGAACUUUAUAGCCGAACAUUGGUCGCCUCAUGAUCCAGAGGAACAAUCGAAGAUUUCACCAAGUGAUAAAGAGUUGGUGAGGCAGAACAUUCUUAUAUUUGUAGCAGAAGUUCCUGCAUUGUUAAGGGCACAGUUGGGCGAGUGUCUCAAGACAAUUAUUCAUGCAGAUUAUCCUGAGCAAUGGCCAGGUCUUUUGCAAUGGGUGACACAUAAUUUGCAGGACCAGCAAGUUUAUGGAGCUCUUUUUGUGCUACGAAUUCUUGCUAGAAAAUAUGAGUUCAAGUCAGAUGAGGAGAGGAUACCAGUUCAUCAUAUUGUUGAGGAGACAUUUCCUCAUCUGCUUAAUAUUUUUAGCAGGCUUGUUCAAAUAGGAAAUCCGUCAAUGGAAGUAGCAGAUUUGAUUAAGCUCAUCUGUAAAAUAUACUGGUCUUCCAUUUAUUUAGAAAUUCCAAAGAAGUUGUUUGAUCCAAAUGUGUUCAAUGCUUGGAUGGUCCUUUUCUUGAAUAUAUUGGAAAGACCAGUUCCUUUAGAGGGCCAACCUGCUGAUCCAGAGUUACGUAAGUCAUGGGGAUGGUGGAAGGUAAAGAAGUGGACAACCCAUAUAUUAAACCGCCUCUAUACCCGGUUUGGGGACUUGAAAUUGCAAAACCCUGAUAACAAAGCGUUUGCUCAACACUUUCAGAAGAACUAUGCCGUAAAAAUCUUGGAAUGUCAUCUGAAUUUAUUGAAUGCUAUCCGCAUUGGUGUCUAUUUACCUGACAGAGUCACCAACCUAAUUUUGCAAUAUUUGGGCAAUAGUAUUUCCAAGAGUGCUACAUAUAAUAUUCUCCAACAAAGACUUGAUGUGCUUCUUUUUGAGAUAAUAUUUCCUCUAAUGUGCUUCAAUGACAAUGAUCAAACGCUAUGGGAGGAAGAUCCACAUGAGUAUGUGAGAAAAGGUUACGAUAUUAUCGAAGAUUUGUACAGUCCUAGGACUGCAGCAAUGGACUUUGUGUCGGAGUUGGUGAGAAAACGUGGAAAACAAAACCUUCAAAAGUUUAUUUUAUUCAUUGUGGAGAUCUUUAAAAGAUAUGAGGAGGCACCAAUUGAAAUCAAGCCUUACAGACAAAAGGAUGGCGCACUUCUUGCUAUUGGAACACUGUGUGAUAAAUUGAAACAGACUGAACCAUAUAAAUCUGAGCUUGAGACCAUGUUAGUGCAGCACGUAUUCCCGGAGUUCAACAGUCCAGUGGGCCAUAUUAGAGCAAAAGCUGCAUGGGUUGCUGGACAAUAUGCUCAUAUCAAUUUCUCUGACCCGAAUAACUUCCGCAAAGCAUUACAAAGUGUUGUUGCUGGGAUGCGGGACCCUGAGCUUCCAGUGCGUGUUGAUUCUGUUUUUGCAUUGCGGUGUUUUGUUGAAGCCUGCAAAGAUCUUGGUGAAAUCAGGCCCAUUCUACCCCAGUUACUUGAUGAGUUUUUCAAGCUUAUGAAUGAAGUGGAAAAUGAGGAUUUAGUGUUUACCCUUGAGACUAUAGUUGACAAGUUUGGAGAGGAGAUGGCACCCUAUGCUGUUGGCCUAUGCCAGAACCUGGCUGCUGCAUUUUGGAAGUGUAUGAACACCGCCGAAGCAGAUGUUGAAGCUGAUGAUCCUGGUGCUUUGGCUGCUGUUGGAUGUUUACGUGCUAUUAGCACGAUUCUUGAAUCAGUCAGUAGGCUCCCUCAUCUUUUUGCCCAAGUUGAGCCAACUUUACUUCCAAUAAUGCGGCGAAUGCUUACAACUGAUGGACAAGAGGUAUUCGAAGAAGUUCUGGAAAUUGUAUCAUACAUGACAUUUUUCUCACCGACUAUAUCCAUGGAUAUGUGGAGUCUCUGGCCAUUACUAAUGGAAGCUCUAGCUGAUUGGGCUAUUGAUUUCUUUCCGAAUAUCCUUGUUCCUUUGGACAACUAUAUAUCCAGGAGUACAGUGCACUAUCUCACAUGCAAGGAGCCAAAUUACCAACAGAGUUUGUGGAUUAUGCUUUCCAACGUAAUGAAUGAUAAAAAUUUGGAAGACAAUGACAUUGAACCUGCACCUAAGCUUAUAGCAGUAGUGCUACAAAACUGCAGGGGUCAGGUGGACCCUUGGGUUGAGCCAUAUAUUAGACUCACUGUUGAACGGUUGCGCCGAGCUGAGCGGCCGUUCUUGAAAUGCCUGUUGAUGGAAGUUAUUGCUGAUGCUUUAUACUACAAUGCGACUUUGACACUUAAUAUAUUGCAAAAACUUGGUAUUGCUUCAGAAAUCUUCAACCUUUGGUUUCAGAUGUUGCAACAAACCAAAAAGAAUGGUAUUCGUGCUAAUUUUAAGAGGGUAAGUGAUAAGAAAAUUUGCUGUUUGGGGUUGACAUCCCUGCUUUCACUUCCUGCUGCUCAGUUACCCGGGGAAGCGUUGGAGCGUGUUUUCAAAGCAACACUUGAUCUGCUUGUUGCCUACAAGGAUCAAUUAGCAGAAGCGGAGAAGCAAGAACCUGAAGAUGACGACGACAUGAAUGAUGGUUUGGAAACUGAUGAUGAUGGCGAUGAAGGGUAUGACAAGGAAAUGGGAGUAGAUGAUGAAGAUGGUGAUGAAGUUAAUAGCAGGAGGCUUCAGAAAUUAGCUGCACAGGCAAAGGCAUUCCGGUCAGCUGAUGACUAUGAUGAUGACUCGGAUGAUGACUUCAGUGAUGAGGAGGAGUUACAGUCACCUAUUGAUGACGUGGAUCCCUUUGUUCUUUUUGUGGAUACUGUGAAGGUGAUUCAAGCAUCAGAUCCAACGAGGUUCCAGAUCCUAUCACAGACGCUUGACUUCCGUUAUCAGGCACUUGCAAAUGGAGUUGCCCAGCAUGCUGAUCAGAGAAGAGCAGUAAUUGUGAAAGAAAAGCUGGAAAAGGCAUCAGCAGCUUCAUGAUAUUUGUGUGAUAUAGAUACAUUGGUGUUAAAUCUUUGCUGCUUGCCUUCAAUAUUAAGGUUAUUUCUGUCCAUUUCCCAAUGGUUGAAGAAAAGUGACCGAAAGGAGUCUUGAUGGGCAUUCAGACUGGUUCAUAGAUGUCAGUGGUGAGUCACAAGUACUCGAAAAGAGUAUAUUUUUGGUUUGACAGCUGCCAGGGCUUUCUUUAAAAGCUUAGGUAUCGAGUAAAGGUAAAUCACAGGGUUAUUGGAGAUGGUUCAUGUGGAUCAGCUGGGCGUUGGUCGGGUGGUGUUUGUAGGGUUUUGUAGUCGUGAUUGAGAUGAAAGCCCUUUUCGGGGGAGCACUGUGGUGCAUACAGGGUCUGGUUUAAAUUGCUUGUUGAACAAUUGAAGCUUACAUAAUUGGAUGUUAUAUUUUUUCAUUCAUUUUUCUCAACUCUGUUUUUUCGUGGUCUAGGUGUCCGUCGACUCAAGUGGAUACAAAUUUUUGUUACGGAUUUGUGUUACAAUGCCCGUCAUCUUGAGUUUUAGUAUCAUUUUUGAUACUUCAUCAUAACAUUGGUGUAAUAAUGUCUCCUUUUUACUGAUCAAGUGUGUUCUAGCUGUUGAUUACA